CUUUAUAUAAACUGUGAUUUAUUUGGUAAUAUUUUAAUAAUAUGGAAGCUAUGAAGUUUCCGUCUGAUCCUGAUCCUGAUCCUGUCUGCUUCUCUAUACUUAAUAUUCAACAACCUCUUCACCAUUUUCCAUUUCUAUAUUUUAUUCUCAUAUUGUUACAGUAUCCGUUCCAUUUUUUGAAGCUCUGCUUUUUUGAAAACCCACCUUCUUUUACUCGUUCAAAUCUUUUUUUAUUUUUCUGCUCUUUCUUGUUUUAUACUCGCAAGAUCCCCAUAAGAACUCCAGCCUCAUCACUUUCUUUUUUUCCAUCUCCAUCUUUUUCUGCAAAUUUUGAUCUUUAAGCAACUUCUUGUCUAUCUUAAGCUUACUCACAUUCAUAUUUUCUCUUACGUAUUCGUUUGGUUAUCAUCACCAGCUUGAUUUAACAUUUAUAUUAACUGGAUAUUUAUCAAGGUCUAAUUUUCUAACAUCCUAGUCCUCUGUUUUUUAAGCAGUUUUGGUUUCUGCUAUAGUUUGUUAUCUGUUUGUUCAGAGAGAGAAGUCUUAAUCAGUUAAUCUACAAUGUCCCAGACAAUUGAUCAUACAUUCUCUUAUGGUGGCUCUCACCAUAUGCAUAGUCAAGAAGCAUUGCCUUUCAAGACCAACGAAGGAUCCAUGAAAGUUUUGCUUUUACAUGGUAAUUUAGAUAUAUGGGUUAAGGAGGCUAAAAACCUGCCCAAUAUGGAUAUGUUUCACAAAACAUUAGGGGACGUGUUCUCAAUAUUGCCUGUGAAGGUUAGCAGGAAAAUUGAGGGGCAUGUAAGUAAUAAGAUAACCAGUGAUCCAUAUGUCACUGUUUCGGUAACUGGUGCUGUGGUUGGGAGGACUUUUGUGAUCAAUAAUAGUGAGAAUCCUGUAUGGAUGCAGCACUUUGAUGUUCCUGUUGCACAUUAUGCUGGAGAGGUGCACUUUGUUGUCAAAGACAAUGAUGUCGUUGGCUCACAGAUUAUUGGUGCUGUUGGAAUACCAGCACAGCAUCUAAUUACUGGCAUGAAGAUUGAAGGCACUUUUCCAAUUCUUGGUCCCAAUGGAAAACCUUGCAAGCCUGGAGCUGAAUUGACCUUAUCAAUUCAGUUUACCCCAGUAGAGCAAAUGGAGAUUUAUAAGCAUGGAGUAGGUUCAGGUCCUGAUUACCGUGGGGUUCCAGGAACAUACUUUCCCCUCAGAAAAGGAGGUAAAGUUACUCUUUAUCAAGAUGCGCACGUUCAUGAUGGCUGCCUUCCUGAUGUGAGGCUUGACAGUCAUGUUCAGUAUGAACAUGAGAGUUGCUGGCUUGAUAUUUUUAAUGCUAUUAGUCAGGCUAGACGUUUGAUUUACAUCACUGGCUGGUCUGUAUACCACCUUGUUAGAUUGGUUCGAGAUGGUCAGGAUGGAAUGCAUAGUACAUUGGGUGAUCUUCUCAAAAUCAAAUCUCAGGAAGGUGUGAGAGUGCUUCUCCUUGUAUGGGAUGAUCCUACUUCUAGGAGUAUUUUGGGAUAUAAAACGGAGGGGAUCAUGGAUACGAAUGAUGAACAAACCCGCCGGUUUUUCAAGCACUCUUCAGUGCAGGUGCUACUCUGCCCACGAUCUGCUGGAAAAGGACAUAGCUUCAUUAAAAAGCAGGAAGUUGGAACAAUCUACACCCACCAUCAGAAAACAGUGAUAGUGGAUGCUGAUGCAGGUCACCAUAAAAGAAAGAUCGUAGCUUUUGUUGGAGGCCUUGACUUAUGCAAGGGCCGAUAUGAUACUCCACAUCAUCCUCUUUUUAGGACCUUGGAAACAGUGCACAAAGAUGACUACCAUAACCCCACAUUUGCGGAGCCUGGUGUUGUAAGGGAACCAUGGCAUGAUUUGCACAGUAAAAUUGAUGGCCCUGCAGCAUAUGACAUCCUCGUGAAUUUUGAGGAGCGUUGGUUGAAGGCAUCAAAACCUCACGGGAUUCAUAAGUUGAAGGCAUCAUCAUAUGAUGAUGCAUUACUCAGAUUUGAAAGAAUUCCUGAAAUUAUUGGGAUAGCAGAAGCUUCUUGCCAGGGGGACAAUGAUCCAGAGUCUUGGCAUGUUCAGGUUUUCCGUUCGAUUGAUUCCAAUUCUGUCAAAGGCUUUCCAGAUGAUCCCAAGGAUGCACCAAGCAAGAACCUGUUAUGUGGGAAGAAUGUACUUAUAGACAUGAGUAUACAUACAGCAUACGUUAAAGCAAUCCGCGCAGCCCAAAAUUUCAUCUAUAUCGAGAACCAAUACUUUCUUGGAUCAUCAUAUAACUGGGAUUCUCACAAGGACUUAGGUGCAAACAACUUGAUACCCAUGGAAAUUGCUCUCAAAAUUGCCAACAAAAUCAGAGCAAAUGAGAGGUUUUCUGCAUAUAUACUUAUCCCAAUGUGGCCAGAAGGUGUUCCUUCUGCUGCUCCUACACAGAGGAUUCUGUAUUGGCAGUCGAAAACAAUGGAGAUGAUGUAUGAAACAGUUUACAAGGCUUUGGUAGAGACUGGACUUGAAAAUAGAUAUGAGCCACAAGAUUACUUGAAUUUCUUCUGCCUUGGCAAUCGCGAGGCAUUAGAUAGGGAAAACAGUUUAAAUGGUAAAGAUUCCAAUGCUGCAAAUGCAAGCACUCCUCAGGUAUCCGUCUAUAGUAAUUGUCAUGGUUUCAUAUUUGAUACCAAUUUAUCCUUUUUCACAUUUUUAUUUUUUUUCGUUUGGUUUGAUAACCAGGCACUGAUUCGGAAGAAUCGGAGAUUUCAGAUUUAUAUUCAUUCCAAAGGAAUGAUAGUGGACGAUGAGUAUGUAAUACUAGGAUCUGCAAACAUCAACCAACGUUCCAUGGACGGUACUAGAGACACUGAGAUAGCAAUGGGUGCAUAUCAGCCUCAGCAUACCUUAGCAAGCAAAGGCUCUCAUCCACAUGCGCAGAUAUACGGAUACAGGAUGUCAUUAUGGGCAGAGCACAUUGGACGUGUAGAGGAAUGUUUCGAGCAACCAGAGAGUCUGGAAUGCAUAAGGCGCGUAAGGACGCUUGGAGAGCAGAACUGGAGACAGUAUGCAUCUGAUAAACUGACAGAAAUGAAGGGUCACUUGCUGAAGUAUCCGGUGGAAGUUGAUCCAAGAGGCAAGGUGAAGGCUCUUCCUGGAUGCGAAACAUUUCCAGACGUUGGUGGUACCAUAAUAGGCUCGUUCACAGCCAUUCAAGAAAAUCUCACAAUUUGAGGCUGUCUCACUUGGACGUCCCCAAAUCAUAUACAUUAACAUUGUGCUAUGCGCACUUACUCUGUUGGAAGAUUUAUACUUGCUCUUCGUGCAACAAUAGUUUUGCCUCAAAAUUGUAGGCUAAUUAAUUGUAAAUUGUACUGAUAAUUUCCAUUGAUAUAUUAUUGAUUUCUCACUCUA